AUGGCCGCAAUUUUCGUCACAUGCUGCAUCGGCGGUCCAGCCUUGAUGUACUACGUCACUCCCUCCGAAGGCGAGCUCUUCAAGAAAUUCAACCCGGAACUACAGAAACGUAACCUCGAACUCCGCGACCAGCGACAGCAAAACUACCAGGAGUUCCUCGAUCAGUUGAAAGAGUACAGCAAGUCGGACAAACCGAUUUGGAUCGCGGCCGCCGAGGCCGAGGCAAAGGCCAAGGACGAAGCCGCCCGGCGGAAAGAGGAGGAGGAGUCGUUGCAGCAGAAGAUCAAGGAGGAGUUGAGGGCCGAGGUGCAGAAGGGGUUGUAG